AUGGAUCUACUGGUCUCUUUGCGUUUCAGAAUGGAUAAAUCCUGGAUGAGUACUGAUAGAACGAAGAAACGUUAUAGAGAAGGAGUUGCGGCGUUUCUGCGGUAUGCUGUCAACCAUCUCAAGGAAGAGGGUGAGACAUAUGAUGAAUUUCUUAUGUUGUGUCCAUGUACAGAUUGUUUAAAUCUCUGUGCAUGCUCCGUUGGCGACAUAGAAGAUCAUUUAUUUGUAAAUGGAAUCGAUCAAACGUAUACUAUUUGGAAUAAGCAUGGGGAAAAGGAUGAGGCAAUAACUAGUAGUAGUCCAGUUAACGUCAACAAUGGUAUGCACGCUGAAUUUGAAAUGGGAACUCCCACUGAUGCUCCAGACGAAGAUUUUGGAAUGGGAACUCCCACUGAUGCUCCAGACACUAUAGAUAUGAUGCAGGAUGCAGAAGAGUUCGCAGAUGACCCUAUAAAGUUUAAAAAGUUACUUGAAAAUGCUGAAAAUCCCUUAUACGAAGGAUGUCCCAACUUCACAAAGUUGUCUGCAAUUGUGCAGUUGUUUAAGUUGAAGAGUAAGCACGGUGCAUCAGACAUGUUUUUUAAUGAAUUGUUACCCUUGUUAAAGGACAUGCUUCCCAAAGAAGGUAAUUUAAUGGCGAGGAGUACAUAUCAGGCAAAGAAAAUAUUGAAAGCAAUGGGUUCAGGGUACACAAAGAUACAUGCAUAUAUCAACAACUGCAUUCUUUAUUGGAAUGAGUACAAGGAUGAAAAAGUGUGUCCUACUUGUAAAGCACCCAGAUGGAAAGUUGACAGGGAUGGUAAAGUUUACGAGAAUGUUCCAACAAAGGUAUUGUGGUACUUCGACAUCAUCCCAAGAUUUCAGCGGCUGUUUCAAUCGAAGCACACAGCAGAAGAUUUGAUAUGGCACGAUACCACUAGAAACAAAUACGGUGUUUUACGUCAUCCGGCAGACUCACAUGCUUGGAGAGAGAUAGAUAACAAGUUCCCAGAAAUUAAAGGUGAUCCAAGAAAUCUGCGGUUAGCUGUUUCGACUGAUGGAGUUGAUGUAAACACAGGCACCAAACAUCACAGUGGAAAGAGAACAUGGGAUGCAUAUGCCCAAGAAAUGUUUACUCUACGUGCAGUUGUUUUGUGGACGAUAAACGAUUAUCCUGCUCUUGGUACACUAUGUGGUUGUCGUUACGCUGGAUAUCAUGGUUGUGUGGUGUGUCGGAAAAAAACGCACAGUAUUAGGCUUCAUGACUCAAACAAGAAUGUUUAUGUUGGUUAUAGAAGAUUUUUACCCUAUGAGCAUCCGUUCAGAAGGCAGAAGGGGGAAUUUGGCGGAAAACAAGAGUGGGAGACUGCUCCAGAACCAAUGACCGGGGAAGAAAUAUAUGAGGAGAGACUACUUAGAUAUUGGCGCUAUAAUGAUGUCCAACAUUGUAUUGAUUUCAUGCAUGUCGAAAAGAAUGUGGGACAAAGUCUUGUUGGAACGUUGCUGCACAACGGGAAUACAAAAGAUGGAUUAAACGACAGAAAGGAUUUGGUGCGUUUGGGGUUAAAAUCGGAGUUACACCCUAAGACAGAUGACAAAGGAACGAUACUUCCCGCAGCAUGUUAUACAUUAACUACGGAAGAAAAAGACAUAUUCUUGGAGACACUAUCCGAGUUAAGAGUUCCAGAAGGGUAUUGUUCGGAUUUUUCCACCCUUGUGAACCUAAAAGAGCGUAAUCUAAUCAGACUCAAAUCACAUGAUUACCAUAUGCUUAUGCAACAAUUUUUGCCCGUCGCUAUUCGAUCAAUUAUGCCUACACCUGUGAGAUAUGCUAUUAUCAGGGAAGUGAAGUUAUGCGGUCCGGUUUGCUUUCGAUGGAUGUAUCCUUUCGAAAGGUGUAUGAAGGUUAUAAAGGGGCAUGUGAGAAACAAGAAUCAACCUUGUGGAUGCAUUGCCGAAGAGAAUGUUGCAGAAGAGACGAUUGAGAUAUAUUUCAAGGUUCAUCCUAAUAAUGAAUUUCAGGUUGAAAAAGAGUUGGCAGACGACAGAGAAAGUAUCUUAGAGAACUUAAGAUGGAUAUCACACGGCCCGCACUACGAGGUAACGAAAUACACUGUAUAUCGCAUCAAUGGAUAUCUAUUCCGCACAAGAUCCCGUGAUGGUAGAAUUCACCAGAAUAGUGGGGUUAGCGUUGCAGCAAAUGACAUGCACAUAUCUAGAGAUGAUGACGUUACAUAUGGUAAAGCCUCUUAUUAUGGUGUCUUUCAAGAGAUAUGGGAGUUAGAUUACUGUGAAAGAAAAGUUCAUCUGUUCAAGUGCAAUUGGGUUGAUAAUAAACGUGGGGUCAAAAGAGAUGCUCUUGGCUACAAGAUUGUUGACCUUACUAUAGAUGACGAUGGCAACGAUGAGGAAUUCAGUACAGUAAUCUUUUCUGGGAAUGAUAAUAUCUUGCCGUCUGUAGAUCCACAAGACUUGGGUAAAGAAUCCCGAAAUGAUUACUUCCGAACUGACUGCCGAGAUAUCCAAGAGAAUGAGAGUUGGUUCGUUGUGGCUAUUCAACAUUCUACAUUGUCCCUGAGCUUUGACGAAGUCAUUUUUAUGUCAUCAGAUGCCUCUAUAAGUUUGACACUCGAAUUGUAG